AUGGCGAACAAACAGGGCAAAAUGCACAUGAACCUCGUCUUAGCAGACACAGAAGAAUUCCGCAGAGUCAAGCGCAAACCCGCGAAAGGAGCACAAGCUCCUGGUGCAGCGGCGCCUGCCCUUGUCGAAUCUGAAGAGAAGCGAACGCUUGGUCUAACGAUCGUUCGCGGUACACACAUCGUCUCAUGCUCAGUCGAUGGUCCUCCACCAGCAGACCCAUCAGCCCGAUUGGGAACCAAUGCGCCUGGCGGGACAGGAGCACCAGCAGCAAUGGCAGCAGGACCGGGCAUCAGCAGACCUGCUGGCCGAGGGUUAGGAGCAGGUCUUGCAGGCCCAGCAGCAGGCCUGGGUGGUCCACCCAGUCUUCCUGGCUUCGGCGGCGGACCACCACCAGGAUUUCCUGGCCGAGGCGGGCCUGGCGCACCUCCUGGCUUUCCUCCACAAGGUGGUUUCCCUGGUGGACCUCGUAAGUUAUUCUGCACCUAG